AUGAGCCGACCUUUCCGUCCCCCGUCGGGUGAGACUGACCUACCAGCAUAUUAUCACGAUCUUGACGAUGAGGAUAUCGUCGCUGCCUUUCGAAACUUUGACGAUGAGCGAGCCUUUGAUCUCUUCGAUAGACAAACCCGCGAUCCACAUAGUAGCAACUUCUGUAUAGAUUUCGGUGACGAUGAGGCUUAUUGUGGAUUUGACCUUGCAUCUGACUCCUUUGAGCGUCUAUUACGAACACCCAGACCUCCUUCCAUACACACGAGAUGGAUCAACCUAUGGAUGCCAUAUAAUCAAAAGAGUACUUUACAUGCCCUUGCUAAACAUUACGAUUUUUCACCACGACUCCUGGGAACUAUGUGCUCUGACCCUAUACCGCCGAAGCCGAAGUUUUUGCAUUCAAAGAAAAGCUCAGCAACACUUCGCUCUCGGCGAUCUACUAAGUCGAGCAAGUCUAAGUCCUCACACAGAUCAUCAAAUGAGGAAUCAUUAGACUCCGAAGAAAGCAUAGGUAUGACAGAAAUGAUGCACAGUACCCAGUUAGAGAUGGUGCGAGAUCUCGGUCAUUACCAAAUUGUGAACGAUGUAUGGCACUGGUCAUCGGUAGACUGGGGAAGACGAUUUGUCUGCUUGGGAUACAAUUCACUACACAACGUUCGUACGAACAGUGCCCCUCACACUGACGACGAUCUCGAUCACGGCCUAGAUACUCCCCAUGGCAAGCGAAUAUGGAACUGGCUUAUGCUAUGUGAGGAUAAGACUGUCAUAUCGAUAUCAGAAGAUCCAUUUCCUCUCUAUGACGGCACUCUAAAAAUGCACGACCUGAAGACGCUCUAUACGGUUCGGCGAAACCUAGUCAGUGUUUUUCGACAACUCACGAAAGCCCCAACCCCAUUAAGAGACCAUUCUCUCACCAUGCUGCCUGUUCGCCAUAGAAUUGGAGAUAGUGAAGAGGAGACGGCACACCGGCCAACCGAUGCGCCAGGCCUUCUCUUCUACUACCUUUUCGAAGAUUGGUUCACUACCUAUAGCCUUGUGACCCGCCGACAGCAUGGAUAUGCUGCUGAGCUAGAUCGACUUAGACGGGAAAUGUUGGUCAAGGCUAACCUCACUCACGUUGAUCAAUUGCACCAUAUUGGCUGCCAGCUCGCUGUCUUGAAGCGUGUUUACCAGUCCUACGAACUCAUCAUCGAGCGCGUGCUCAAGAAGCAAGAGGCCACCCUUGCAUCACUCAAAAAUUCGCACAUCGUUUCUGGCUUGGACUCACUGUCUUCGUCCCUCCCGAUUGUCCACGGCUCGCCCCAGAUUCCUGAGGCAGAUAGUUUACUUGGUGUCUCGCUCAGCUCGGCGGCUCGAGUUCGCUUCGAGAGACUCAAAGAUCGCAUCAAGCUCUACGCCUUAAGUGAGAUACAAGAAUGCAUUGACCAGAAAGAUUCCUUGGUCUUUAUGAACUUCAAUCUAAUCGCCAUUAAAGAGUCUUUCUCUGUCGAACGCCUGACUCGAAUCACUCUCCUAUUAGCCAAGAUCACAAUUCUCUUCAUGCCAGUGACUCUUAUGACUGGCUACUUUUCGAUUCAGUUCCGCGGUCUUGAGUUCGAAGUCAAGAGCUACUGGUGGGCAUUUGGUGCCAUUUUUGGUAUCAGCAUGCUGCUUGUGUUCUUAUUCAGUGCUAUCAGUGGAACCAUUGAAGGAAAGGGAGUGAGUCGCAUUGUGAACAGGAGUUGGAGUAGGGUGGUCUGGGAGUGGACAGGCAGAUGGGUGGAGAGAAAGAAAAGGUUGGGAUGGACUAGAUGA